AUUUUACGUCACUGUGAUUCUGUCACCGCACAAAUAAAGGCUGUUGGACAGAGUGGAUCAUCUUUUUAUUGAAUUGAAACCUAAAUUAGGCACCAUGGCCACCCAAGACUCGGGCUACUAUGACUACACCAUCGUCGCCCCGGAGAUGCCGGCCAUGUUCGACGGCAUGAAGCUGGCGGCGGUCGCAACGGUGCUGUACGUCAUCGUCCGCUGCCUGAACCUCAAGAGUCCCACCGCCGCCCCUGACAUCACCUACCAGGACACGCCCCUCAACCGCUUCCUGCUCAAGUCCUGCCCCAUCUUGACCAAAGAGUACAUUCCGCCCCUGCUGUGGGGUAAAAGUGGCCACCUGCAGACAGCACUGUAUGGCAAGAUGGGGCGGGUCAGCUGCCCUCACCCCAUAGGCCUCAGGAAGUACUUACCCAUGCAGGAUGGGGCCACCGCCACCUUUGACCUCUUCGAGCCCAUGGGGGACCACCGGACAGGAGAUGACGUCACCAUGGUGAUAUGCCCGGGGAUUGGUAACCAUAGCGAGAAGCACUACAUCCGCACCUUUGUGGGUCACUCUCAGAAGGAGGGUUACAGGUGUGCUGUGCUCAAUCACCUGGGUGCUCUGCCCAACAUCGAGCUCACCUCACCUCGCAUGUUCACCUACGGUUGCACGUGGGAGUUUGCGUCCAUGGUGGGUUACAUCAAGAAGAUGUUCCCUCACACCCACCUCAUAGUGGUGGGCUUCAGCCUGGGAGGCAACAUCGUGUGCAAGUUCCUGGGAGAGAACCGGACCAAUCAGGAGAGAGUGCUGUGCUGCGUCAGCGUCUGCCAGGGAUACAGUGCACUCAGGGCCCAGGAGACGUUCCUACAGUGGGACCAGUGCAGACGCUUCUACAACUUCCUCAUGGCCGACAACAUGAAGAAGAUCAUCCUCUCACACAGGGGCAGUCUGUUUGGAAGUGCAACGAAGAUGGAGGACGCAGACCUGAGCCGGCUCUACACGGCCACCUCCCUCAUGCAGAUCGAUGAAACCAUCAUGAGGAAGUUCCACGGGCACAACUCCCUCAAAGAAUACUACGAGAAGGAGAGCUGUGUGCAUUAUAUUCACAAUGUUGACGUGCCACUUCUGCUGGUCAACUCUGCAGACGAUCCUCUGGUCCACGGGUCUCUGCUCACCAUCCCUCGCACACUGGCAGAGAAGAAGCAGAAUGUCAUCUUCGCCCUGACACUGCAUGGGGGGCACCUGGGCUUCUUUGAGGGGGCCGUGCUCGUCCCCCAGCCCCUCACCUGGAUGGACAAGGUGAUCGUGGGUUACGCCAACGCCAUGUGCCAAUGGGAAAAACAGAAACCGCCAUGCCAAAAAAGCGGGAACCUGAAUACACCCUGUCCUGAAGAGAAGGCAGCGUAACCUUUAACUUCCUGAACUCCUCUCUCGUUCACCUCUGACCCUCCCCUCCCCACUCACUGAGGAGAAACCUUAACCAAACUUGAACUACUCCUCUCUCGCUCACCUCUGACCCCCCCCCCUCCCCUCCCACUCACUGAGGAGAAACCUUAACCAAACUUGAACUACUACUCUCUCUCCUCUCACGCCUCUUUUCGGGUUACUGUCUCAACCGUCUCCUCCCUGGUACCCCUGUUCCCUCAGCCUCUACUCCUCCUGCUGCCCCCCUCUAACCAAAACCACCUUACACGUGAAGGAACUAAAAUGACUAAAUGCCUUUGUGCUUUGUCUCUGAGGGGAACUAGUGGAGUGGAGAGGAACAACUACUUUUGUCCUUACGUAAACAUUACCAAGAGAGAUCCCUGAGAUCCAACCAUGGAGACUUUGACCAAAUGCUCACUAAAAAGGGAUGAAACAAACUGGCAUCCUACGAGUAGAGAGGGAGAGAGAGCGACAUGGUAGAUGUGUAGUCGUAGAGAAAACGAGCACAGAAGAAACCUCCUAGUACUAUCUCUGAGGACUAAUGAAGCUGCAGUUACUGUACGUUACAGUGCGCUCACUGCUGACGACUGCCAAGGCUUUAGCCUAGUUUGCCGUCUUAAACCAACACCGCCUCUUUAUACAAUGUAUGUUACUCACAAAUAGUGUAUAAAAAGCCAGUUUAGUUUAUCAGUCCGUGUGUGCUGAGAGCUACGGGAUAGCUCUGUUAGUAUGUGACCUUUUCUAUUAGUUUGAUCUGAUUCGCUGUUCGGUUUGUUUUAGUCCAAAAUAUCCUUUCUUGGUGAAUAUCAGCCCUUUUUGGAAGGUAUACAAAUAUUGAAUUAGUUUAUUAUUAUUAUAGUCAUUUUAUUAUACAAUUAUUUUCAGAUCACGAGUCCCCCAUAAAAUGAGUAUCUAUUUCGCACUUGAUUUCAUGUAGAAUCAAGGGGUAUGUCUCACAAUGCACCCUAGAUCCUAUGGUGAAAUAUAGGGGACCUGGUCAAAGUAGAGCACUACAAAGGGAAUAGGGUGCCUUUUGGGAUGCAUCUAAGAUCUCACUCGCCCCUCAGUGAUAUUAAGCAGUGGAGGUAGGUUUUUACCUAGCGGACCUGACCUGUGGUCAAUCUCAAUGAGACCAUGCACAUUCCUACUGUCUCGUUAUUCUAUCACUUUUAUUCAAUGCACUUUAUACGUUGUAUGUCACGUUUCUUUCUUUAUUCAACCAUUUUGUUAUUCUUUUAUGGGACUAGCGGAAGACAAAGGUUUAGAAACUUUGUUUUUUUUUGCAUAACGUUUAGUUCAGUGACACUAACGAACAGGAGGGAGAGAGGUUGAUAACUCUUCAAGUUAGACGGCCCAAAUGAUCCCCACGUUCACUAAACCCUACAGUCCACCCUCCCAGUAGAGGAUUGUUGUAUAUAAAAAUAAGACACUUUUUCCAAUAUAGUGCUCUACAUGUUAUUACACUAUGUAGGGAAGAGUGUCAUUUGAGAUUAGCCCUCAGGGUCAGUCUUCCUUGGCUGUCUGUCCUGUGCAGUCAACCUACUCAGCCUUACUACUAACCCUAACCUACUCAGUCCUAUACCCUUGAUCAGCUCCAGGUCUUCUGAAGCAUGACUGACUAUGGAGUCAUUCCCUUAGACACAGAGAGUAGCCCACUGCCAAUACACAGACACUCCAGUGUCAGACACUCGUAUGGAAAUGGACCUAGGAUUACUUGUUUGGGCUAGCAGCUCAGACUCAGUAAUAUCACAAAUACAUUUUCAACCAAAGUUACAACGUACAUAACUGCUGUGAUAACUGGUUUAUCACGUCUGAUGUUGAACCCUUCAUUGGCGAGGGCACUGUACAGAGAUGAACAUACAAUCAUGUAGAUGACUGGUUUUAUAGACCAUGUGUUCAUGGGACCUGAGCUGUGAGGUGUGCUGAGUAGGAUGGCCAUAAUCAUUGUGUUCAUGACGUCCAACAGACUCCAUUUUGUUGAACCAAAAGUCGUCACAGAAAAGGUUUUUUUAGUUGACCAGCGGUAGAAUACUGAUAGAAUAUUGGUGGCAGUGUUGAGGUCUACCAGAGAGGAAGUAUAUUAUACAUAGGAAUGGCCCAACUUUGUUGCUAGGGAACAUUAUCUUUCAACGGGGGAGAGAACUUCUUUCCAUUUAGUUGUCAGGACCGAAGGUCUUAGCACACACGUUUAUGUUUGAAGGAAUGCUGGAAUGUUAAUUCUGAAACAUGCUGAGGUGUAUGAGAACGAUGUGUAGGUGAGAAUCUGAUGAGGUUCGCAAAGACUCAACCCCGAAGUCAAGGGGGAGUGGCGAAAAAGAUCAAGUUUAGAUGUUAUAGCUGAGACGUCAUAGCUUUCCGAGUUUCCUCCUCUUAUAUAUAAUGGCCAUGCAUUUUCCCCUUCAAAGCCUGCAGUGGCAGCCAUGCUGGUGGUGUGUUGUCAUGACUUGUCCAGUCCAGAGGUCCAGCCAAGUGAACUGUAGGGAGGAAAAGCUGGUGAUUCACUGUACAUUAGUGUUAUGUCCUAAAUGGUACCAUAUUCCCUAAUAUAGUGCACUACUUUUAACCUGAUCCCUAUGGACUCUGGUCAAAAGUAGUGCACUAUAUAAGGAUUAAGGUGCCAUUUGGGAUGCUGCCAGGCGUAUCAGUCUCACCCAACCCAUACCCUCUGUGUACCAUAAUGAGCUCUUUCAACAUCACCUCCUGCCAGUCAUUUGGCUGGCUGAGUUCUUUCAGCCUUGUAAACGUCACUCCCUUUUCGAACUUCCUCAGUCAACUGGCAUCCAAACACAAGGGUGCCAUCUGCAGGCUUGGAGAGCAAACUACAACUACUGUCUUAAAUCCAGCCAGUAGGUUACUGUACUGUAGUCCUUUAGACAUUAUUGAUGUUAACUGUGAGACAAGAUUUUAAUACAGCUGUUGAACUAACUGAUGUUUAUUACCAAUGUUUGUUACCACUUUUUAAGGACACUUCACAGUUUUAGUUAAAAGUUGAUAGAAAAUCAGUUAGUCAGUGACUCGUCCAGUCUAACCGAUAGUCAUGUCGUUCUGAGAUAUCCCAGCGAGUAAGAUCUGAGUCUUGAUACACCAGCAUAACAAGCCGUCUUUGCUAUGACUCCACACCAACAGGGUGUGUUCUGUCUAUAGAAAUCCACUUAUCACCUAACUUUGCACAGAAAUGCAGGUUUGGAUUGUAUCUCUUCAAACUACUUACAGAAUUCAACAUUUUGUUUGUUUUUCAGAAUUCUUUUUGAAAUGUUUUUUGUAUUGUUACGGUGACUUAUUAUUUUCUUGUAUGUGCAGAUUUGUCAGAGUGCGUGUAUAUGAAUGAAUGUAGGUGUGUAUGCUGAGUCCUAACACCAUCUCUGGUUCGGAAAACCAAACGUCUUCACUUUUUAAAGAUACAAAUUAAUUAAAAUGUAUACAUAGUUCGGUCGUUCCACCAAUUCAGUGCCUUUUUAGAAUUCAGCUGGUAACAUUCUCUCAGUGCUCAUGUUCAACUUCAUUAAAAACACUUUUCCCAUCUCGAGGUUAAAUAAAAAAGCGACUAUAUUAAGUUUGAAAUAAAGUAAUAGGGUUGGUGAUCAUAAAUAAGCCAUAAAUCCCAUUGUGAUGGAGGGAAUGGGAGCCUGUUGUGUACAACCAGGAGGGGCAAUUAAAUGCAAGCUUUAAUAAAAUAAAAGUUUCAACAUUUCUAGCCUGUCUAUAUAUGGGUUGACGUGUUAGGCUCGACCCACUCAGUUUCCCACCACAAAACACCAGAACCAGCUCAUCUGCUUUUACACUGUCAUUUGACUAUUAGAUAUUAGUGUCUUUAGGUUAUUAUUAUAGUUUCACCAUUUUAAAUUGAAAGUUCAGUUUACGUAACAGAGUUAACCUUAAAAUGAAGGGACUUUUUUUUUCUUGAAAUGAAUUACAAUCUUCAGAAAUGACUGCCAAAACAACUAAAUAACUAGGGCUUUACAAUGAUGGAGAAAUGUUGAGCUUAAGUGGGUUAAAAUCUUCCUGGAGGAAACCGAGAGUUCAUGGAGGGACAUGUCAAUGCUGAAUUUUUGCACUUUAGGAAGUCUAUUCAUAUAAAACAUGUGAUUUAUUGAAUUCCCCAUGUGGUCUAUAUUAAAGGGCACUUCAAUGAAUAACAGGCUUUUAAAAUUCAAUAUUGGAACAUCAUUUCUACUUCAACUAUCAAAAGGAUACAAAAGGCAGUCAUUUGGUGAAACGACCCAGUUAUAUGUUACUGUAUGACAGGGACCAGGGGCCAUUUUAUAACAGAUUAAGGCAAUAAUCAAUAGGGAUUUUUGUUUCUCACAAGGUGUAAAUGCAAAGAUGUGAGGGGAAAGAUGAAUACAAAAUGAAAGUGGGAGAACCAUCUUAUUUAUGCAGUUCUGUUUCGACAUAGAGAAUGGGCUCCAAUCCAUGUCUGAUGUUCUGAGUUGUUUAUUUUAGGAUUGAUAUGAAACAAUGUAUUAAUCUUAACUUCCGCUUGUUGAAACUAAUUGUGUGACUGACUAUGGUCUUGCAGGUCCUGCUUUUGAGAAACAACCUUUUGAGACUGGAUGAGCUCACCACACUGAAAUCAGAGGCCAAAUGUAAUUAGUGUCUCAGAGUAGGAGUACUGAUCUAGGAUCAGUUUUGGCUUUUAGAUCAAAGUAUUUCAUUGGUUGUAUGGACAUUGGGGACAUAGAUCAGCACUCCUACAGCCCCAGGGGUUUAUUCCAUGGGGUGAAAUGCCCAGAACGAUGCUCAUAGAAAAGUAGUGCAUAGAACCAACAUGGUUCUCGAUUCCACAAGAAAGAAAGCUCUGUAAAUGCUAUGCAAUCCAUUUCUAUCUGAAACGUUCUGACCAUGCCUGAAGCUGGUGAACACAGCUAAGAUAUGGGGAAUGGAGCCCUUUCCACCAAUAAGAACCCAGUGAUCCAUGACAUCAACAAAUGUUCACUUUUAACAUUCUAGAGCUUUAUUCUUGUGUUUACAAUCCGUUUCAUUGUAUGAAGAUGUUAGCUGUUCUGGAAGGAUGGUGAAUGUGGAAAUGUAAUUUUGGUGCACUGAUAUAAUCAUACAGUAUGAAAUUAUGAAUUCAGAUCACUGGUGUGUUUUUGUAAAGAAACCCAAUGGUGUGUGUGAUGUAAUAAUAAAACAAAUAUGGUUGUGUUCCAAAAAUAAAUUAUUUUCUUGUAAAAAGUU